AGACUUCCAGCGGAGGAGCCCGAUGCGGGGCUCGAUCACAGGACUCUGGGAUCACGCCCUGAGCCGAAGGCAGACGCUUAACGACUGCGCCACCCAGGCACCCCUGCUCGGUUAGCUUUGUUCGGCAUCUAUACUUGACAAAUGAAACGGCCUGCUCCGUACAUAAAUCUUGGUCGACAGCGUGGCUGCAGGCCACCGAGCUGGAAUUCCCUGCGGCUUUCUAAGUGGAGAGUGUUUGGUGUGUGCCGUCCCAGCCUGCGGCUUGCAUCAUGCCAGCUUUGUCAACAGGAUCUGGGAGCGACACAGGUAUGUGAACCCACGAGGGACAGGUCUCCUUGCAUCCUGACUGAAAUUUUCUUGUUCACAGUGGAAAACAGCUUUGCUUUAAGUCUGUAUGAGCUGUUGGCUGCUUUGCCAGCCCAGCUGCAGCCACAUGUGGAUAGCCAGGAAGACCUGACCUUCCUCUGGGAUAUGUUUGGUGAAAAAAGCCUGCAUUCACUGGUAAAGAUUCAUGAAAAACUCCACUACUAUGAGCAGCAGAACCCCGUGCCCGUCCUCCACGGCGCAGCAGUCUUGGCCGAUGACCUGGCCGAAGAGCUUCAGAACAAGCCGUUAAACAGUGAGAUCAGAGAGCUGUUGAAACUACUGUCAAAACCCAAUGUGAAGGCUUUGCUCUCCGUACAUGAUACUGUGGCUCAGAAGAAUUACGAUCCUGUGUUACCGCCGAUGCCUGAUGAUAUUGACGAUGAGGAAGACUCAGUAAAAAUCAUUCGUCUGGUCAAAAACAGAGAACCACUGGGAGCUACGAUUAAGAAAGAUGAGCAGACUGGAGCCAUCGUUGUGGCCAGAAUCAUGAGAGGGGGAGCUGCGGAUAGAAGUGGUCUUAUUCAUGUUGGUGAUGAACUUAGGGAAGUGAAUGGGAUUCCAGUGGAGGAUAAAAGGCCUGAGGAAAUAAUUAAGAUUUUGGCUCAGUCUCAGGGAGCAAUUACAUUUAAGAUUAUACCCAGCAUCAAAGAGGAGGCGCCAUCCAAAGAAGGCAAGAUGUUUAUCAAAGCCCUCUUUGACUAUGACCCUCAUGAGGAUAAAGCAAUUCCAUGUAAGGAAGCUGGGCUUUCUUUCAAGAAGGGAGAUAUUCUUCAGAUUAUGAGCCAAGAUGAUUCAACAUGGUGGCAAGCAAAGCACGCGGGUGAUGCCAACCCCAGGGCAGGCCUGAUUCCCUCAAAGCAUUUCCAGGAAAGGAGAUUGGCUCUGAGACGACCAGAAAUAUUAGUUCAGCCCUUGAAAGUUUCCAACAGGAAAUCAUCUGGUUUUAGGAGGAGUUUCCGUCUUAGUAGAAAAGAUAAGAAAACAAAUAAGUCCAUGUAUGAAUGCAAGAAGAGUGACCAGUACGACACAGCUGAUGUGCCCACAUAUGAGGAAGUGACACCGUAUCGGCGGCAAACGAACGAAAAAUACAGACUUGUCGUCCUGGUUGGCCCUGUAGGAGUAGGCUUGAAUGAACUGAAACGAAAGCUCCUCAUCAGUGACAGCCAACACUACGGCGUGACAGUGCCCCACACAACCAGAGCAAGAAGAAGCCAGGAGAGUGAUGGUGUGGAAUAUAUUUUCAUUUCCAAGCAUUUGUUCGAGACAGAUGUACAAAAUAACAAGUUUAUUGAAUACGGUGAAUAUAAAAACAACUACUACGGCACGAGCAUAGACUCUGUGCGGUCGGUCCUGGCUAAAAACAAAGUUUGUUUGUUGGAUGUUCAGCCUCACACAGUGAAGCAUUUAAGGACCCUAGAAUUUAAGCCCUACGUGAUAUUUAUAAAGCCUCCAUCAAUAGAGCGCUUGAGGGAGACAAGAAAAAAUGCAAAGAUUAUUUCAAGCAGAGAUGACCAAGGUGCUGCAAAGCCUUUUACAGAAGAAGACUUUCAGGAAAUGAUUAAAUCUGCACAGAUAAUGGAAAAUCAGUAUGGUCAUCUUUUUGACAAAAUUAUAGUAAAUGAUGACCUCACCGUGGCAUUCAAUGAGCUAAAAACAACUUUUGACAAAUUAGAGACAGAAGCCCACUGGGUUCCCGUGAGCUGGUUACAUUCAUAACUAAGGGAAAUUCCCACGGUCCUCUUUUUUGUAGAGUGUGUGAUGAAAUCAGGUACCAUUCUGGAGGUCGGGUUUUUUCAUCUCUAUCACCGUUGUAGAUGUGCAGUCUUGCUUAAAACUGAAUGUUGGUUUUGUUUGUGUCUUUCUCCAGCCUUACUCCAAACACAAUAUUUGAAUGUGCACAGUACUGUAUUUUGAGCAGAGCUUUGAACCUUCUGGUUGUCUUUAAUAUACAGCUGUAUCUCCAAGAUGAGGUUGGACUUUUUAGAGAGAAACAGCUAGAGAACUGAUACGGAGUUCAGUGCUUCGGCGGGUCUCAGACGUGGUCCCUCCAUCAAGUUUGUACGUUAACAGUUGAGGGUAUUAGCUGCCUUGAGCAGCUCCGGGCAAACAGGACAGCGUGGCUCUUCUUUGGACGGGUCACUAGAGGUUCACUAGGCUGACAGUAAGGCGCCCUCUUACUAGUCUAAAAGCGCAACCUUCUUCUUACAUUUAUACAAUAUAGUUAGAGUGUAUUUAAAAAUCUUUCUUGAGGGAAUUAUGACACAUUUGCCUUAGUGAGUGGCCUGCAUGUUAUAGCUUGAGAAGGCCUCGUAGGACUACAUCAUAUCAGUGACUGAAUAUUUAAUGAGGGAAGAUAAGACUUAAAAAUGAUUAUAUAUAUAACUAAACGCCUUUCCUUAUGGUACUUUGUAAGGUUGGUGAUAAGGUGUAAGGGGGUAACGAUUACAAGGGACAUUUUUAUUUGUACAUCCUCAGGAUCAUUAUCCAAUAAAUUUUAAGACUGUGAUUCCUAUUCUAAAAGUAGAUGUUUUACAUGUUACUGAUACAGUUAAAAUGUGAUCAUUUUUCACAUGUGCAAUUGAUCAUGUAUUUAAAUUGAACUAAGAUAUAUUUUGGAAAACUUUCUGUGUAAUGUUAACUUACCUCUUCAUCAUCAAAAUAAUUCUCAACACUGGUCAGGUACCAUCCUAAUCUUAACCAUUUUUAAAGAAUUUUAAGAAAGACUCUUGUAUUGUAAAUAUUUAGAUGGGCUCUCAUUUUUCUUUGUUACUACUGAACUUCAGCAAAUAAAUCACAUAGCUCAAGAUACUAGAAAGGUCUGCAAGUUGAGAACAUGUCUUGCCAUUCUUGCAUGUAGUAAGACCCUGCCAAUCAAAAAUCAUUGCAUCUGUGACUUUCAAACAGAAAAUAUUUUUUGUUGAUUUGUAAAGAGAGUUUAGAUGUCAUGUUUAAAGAAAAAUAGAAUGUAGUGAAAUUUUAUAUAUUUAUGAAAUCUUUGAAACGCAUAUUUUUUUAAUUAUCAAAUGGAGCUAUUCAUAAAAUAAAUUGUAUGUAAAGAUGUCAUAAUUUAAAAGAGUAGUUUUAUAAGUCAGGGUCAACAUUCCAUGUAAAUAUUUGACCUUUGUUCGUAUACAGACAGCCCACAAGUGUUAUAAGCGCCCGUACAGUUGGUAGCGUUAUCCACUGGAUUUCCUUCAGACCCGUCAAAUUUCAUAUUAGAAACAGACAAAAACUACUGCAGUGGCCUUUGAUACACACUCAACACUAAAACAAUCAGAUGAAAUGUUACUUAACAUGGUCCAGACAGUGAGUUCUAUAUUUAUAAACUCAACAGCAAGCCAUUUAGUUUUUUAAAAGAGUGGGGAAGAGGGCUGCCAUACUUUAAAGUUGUAUGGCUGCGCUAAGAAAAUACAAGUCUUACACGGAGAGUUUGGGUAGAAUAGACCCCUCUUUGAACCCUGGCUAAAACCUCCUCUAAAUCAAAACUUCUUGUACAAAGAGUAAUGGAAAACGUAUAAUUAUCUAGGCAAUUGUCUGAAUAAUUUAGGCAGUCCAACUGAAUUCUUUCCCGUGGGGGUAGAGGGUAGUGUAAUGUGGUGGAAAGAGAGUCCUUUUGGCUGUUGGUGGUGAUGGGGUGUUAUGUAAAAAUACAACUGCCCAGAUCUUUCUCCCUUUUCACACUAGAACUGAACAAUGUUUUGGUUUUUUUGUUUUCUUUUUUUGUUUUUUGUU